AUGUUGAACCCGGUCGCUUUUCCUUCAGGCGUGUGGGCCCAGACCCUGGCCACUAUUGGUCUAUUGUUAAUGACAAAGGUGAUUUGGGAUGUUUUCUUUUCACGGCUGAGAAACAUCCCUGGUCCGAAGCUGGCCAAGAUAACUGAUCUCUGGCGCGCUGCACAUGCACACGGUGGACGUAUCGAUCUCAAGAAUGUUCAACUGCACCGGACUUAUGGCACAGCAGUACAAAUCGGGCCCAACUGCGUGAGCAUAUCAGACCCAAGUCUGAUUCGGACGAUCUACUCCACCCGCAAUCCAUGGAAAAAGAGUGACAUGUACCGUCCCAACGAUGUAUUACUCAAUGGCCACCGACUUUCAAACCUCUUCAACACCCAGGAUGAAGAAUGGCACAACCAAAACAUCCGGCCUAUUCGGAGUCUUUGGACUAUGACCAAGGUUCUGGAAUACGAACCUCUCAUUGAUGAAACGAUUACCAAAUUUGUGGACAAGCUGGCGUUGAGAUUCGUCGAUGGCGAUAAUGCUGGAAAAGUUUGCCCAGCGGAUGAAUGGAUUGGUUUCUUCGCUUGGGACGUCACUGCCAAUUUUAGCUUUGGUCGACACUAUGGGUUCCUUGACCAGGAAAAGGACGUCGACAAUCUGAUCACAGACUCCACUGCUGGCCUGAGAUACUUCGCACCAGUCUCACAAAUCCCAUGGAUUGACAAUCUUCUUGACAAGAACCCGGUCAAGCGUAUUGGCCCCAAGCCUACCUUGACCGGCGUGUUGUAUGCCUUCAAGGUUGUUGCAGAGUACCAGGCACAACUCGCUGAGAAACAAAUCAGCGCUGGCACUGUCGACCACACGCUUGACAAAUACGUGCAACUGAAGAAGACGCACCCCGACAUGGUCGAUGAUAACCAGAUCGUAAACUGGCUGAUGCUGAGCAUCCUCGCUGGAGGGGACACAAGCUCCGCCACCAUGCGUGCUGCCGUUUAUUAUCUAGCCAAGUCGCCCAAUGCGACGGCCAAACUUGCCAAUGAAUUGAAAACUGCCGGUGUCGUUGCUCCUGCUCCUUGGAAGGAGAUCCGGGACUUGCUAUAUCUGGACGCUGUCAUUCGGGAAUCUGUGCGUGUCAGUCCCGGUAUCGCUAUGGUUUUUGAGCGUGUUGUCCCAGAGGGCGGGCUUACGCUUCCGGAUGGUCGAUACAUUCCUGCCGGGACCAAGGUCGGUAUCAACCCAUUCGUCACGAACCGUGAUUACGGAGUCUUCGGAGACGAUGCGGAUGACUUCAAUCCGGACCGUUGGCUUCAGGGCAAGGAUGAAAGUUCAGAACACUUCGAGGCACGUGAACGGCGCAUGAAGGAUACUGUGGACCUUUCUUUCGGUGGUGGAGGUCGAGUCUGCAUGGGCCGGUAUCUCGCUAUGUUAGAGAUCAAAAAGCUGAUCGCGUCGCUGUAUAGCUCGUUCGAUAUUCAACUGGUGAAUCCCAAGCACGAGUGGAAGUGCCAAACUUCCUGGUUCGUGUAUCAGUACGAUAUGCCUAUGGUCAUUCGGCGCCGGUGA